GUCUUAUGGUUUUCUCAAUAUCCUGCUAUUAUCUGUUUAGUGGAUUUGUGUAGACCCAAUGGCAGAUGUUAGCGUAAUAUACUGUAUAGUUUUCCAGUCCAACUGAGUUCGCUCAACAGUUGGUAUAUUUACUUUAAAUGUAGGUUGUUCAGCCUGAGGCUAUUCCUUACCCCAUUAGUUUGCCUGAUAACUUUUCUCUAGUAUUUGUUUUGAGCUUUUCCCUCAUUAUAGCCCUUUUGGUUAUCUAUAGUUAUUGGGGUGUUUCUUGUUUCCAACCAAGAAAACCAAUGUGAAGUAAGUAUUUAUCAUCUCUGCCAUUUCAUGAUGUGCUAUUAUUAAUUCCUCAGCCCUAUUCUUGAAGGAGCGACGUUUACGUUAGUUGACCCCUUUCUCUUUAUAGUUGUAGCUCCUAUUGUCUGUUCUUGUCUAUGGCUAGUUAAUUCUAUUUUAAUCAUCCUUUGCUGCUUCUAAACAUUUUUCAGUCACCUAAUUUACCACCAAUCUUUGCAAAAUUGUAUGCUUUUUCAUUUUGAUGCGAUCUUUAGCUUCCUUGAUUGUGGAUGAUGUCACAUUCUUCUCUCUCACUAGAAUAUACAUUUACUGAGAUUUAUAAAAAUGCUUAAAAUACCUCCUGAUGAUCUGCCAUGUUAACCUUUAUUCUCUCUGCCCACAGCCUCAUUUGUCCUCAUUGUCAUUGAGUUUCGGAAUCAAACUAAAAUUGAAAUUAUAAGAUGCCAUGUUCACUCUUUACUCUGGGAUUUCUGGCUAUGAUGUCAUACAUUAAUCUUGCCUCAUUACAUUAUGCCAGAUGUAAGCUGAUCUGCUCCCUGAUUGAGAAACCAAUGCAUUGCUUUGUCCCAAAUAAGGUGCGGACUCUGAUAUCGGCUGCCUCACGGCAUAAGUUGCUGGUGUUGGCCGGGACGUGUUUAGAAGAAUCUGGUGAUCUACUCCUGCAAAAAGGAUCCUUCACAUUCCACGAUUUCAUCCAGAUCUUCACGGAUAAGGAGAUUGGAGAGCUGCUGAGCUUCACGCCUCCUGCCGACAAGGCCAGCCUUUGUCUCUGCUGCCCUGACCUGGGAGAGUGGAAGCGGUCGAGCCUGGAGCAGCACAGCCUCCAGGAGUUCAUCGAGAUCAAGGUGAAUCCUCCAGCCGCGCUGUUGGAGAUGGAAGGGCUGCAGGAGUUCUUGGAGUACCUCACCGAGUCCUUGGAGGCGUCGUCUCCCUUUGACCUGCUGGAGCCUCCAGCUACUGUGGGCUUCCUGAAGCUCUCCAGGCCUUGCUGCUACAUCUUCCCAGGCGGCCGGGGCGACUCCGCUUUCUUUGCUGUCAAUGGCUUCAACAUCCUGGUGGAUGGAGGCUCAGACCAGAAGUCCUCGUUCUGGAAGCUGGUCCGUCACCUGGACAGGAUCGACUCAGUCCUGCUGACUCACAUCGGGACGGACAACCUGCCCGGGAUCAACAGUCUGCUGCAGAGGAAGUUGGCAGAACUAGACGAGGAUCAAUCACAAGGCUCGGAACUAAAUGGUGACUGGACAAAGAACCUAAUUUCUCCUGAGAUUGGUGUCAUGUUCCUCAAUGCAUCAAAUAGACUCCAGCACAUUGAGAGGGAAAGUGUCAGACGAGGUGUAGAUGAGGUCAGUGUAUUGCUUCAACGACUGGAACUUCUGGGUAUUAACCCGCUCCCCUUGUAUAGGACUGUUGGCAACUCCAUCGAACCGAUAAUACUCUUUCAGAAAAUGGGAGUUGGCCGCCUGGAAAUGUACGUCCUUAACCCAAGCAAAGACAGCAAGGAUUUGGACUUCAUGUUGCGUCAGUGGACAGGCAGCAGCUGGCCAAAAGGGAAGGACCUCCCAAUUCAGUGUUUGGUCUCCGUCUGCGCUCUCAUCACCUGGCACCCAGCCAGCAAGGUGGAGAAGAUAAUCCGCGUGCUCUUCCCGGGUUGUGCUCCGCAAGGCAAAAUCCUGGAGGGGCUUGAGAGGGUGAAGCACCUGGACUUCCUGAAGCAGCCUGUGGCUACUCGAGGCGAGCUGGAGGCUCUGCAGAAGGAGAAAAGUGGCAAACCGAGACGCACGGAGAGCCGUGAGAGUCUGAAAAGCCUCACUAGGGGCUCAUCUGGGAAAUCGGGGCGAGAGCCGGAGGUCGGGUUGAUGGGGGGGAGGCCGUCCUCUGCCAAGGACAAGCCAGUAAAGCUUGAUAAGAAGGACAAGGCCGGGAAAACUAGAGCUGCCUCUGCGGUGCCAGGCGAGAAAGCAAAAGAGUGUCCCCCGAACGCAUCGGCCUUGCCCGAGGCGGGCGACAAACCAAGAGCAGAGACCUCGCUGAAAGCGUCCAUGGAGAAGGUUCAGAAGAAGGAAUCCAGGCCCACGAAGGUGGAUGAGAAUAAGGAGGUGAAGAUGGUGAAAAGGGAAGAUGGGAAAGAGGCUGAGGACAAGAAAGUGCUGAAGAAGGACGUGCUGAAGCAAGUUAAAAAGGAGCCCAAAAAGAUUGACAAAGUUGUGGCCAAGCCCCCUACCAAGAGACUCCCGGCAGCUGCUGAAGGUAGGAAGGGCUCGGCCAAAGUCAAUGCCCUGGCCAGCUCCAGGGAGCCCAAGAAGGAUCAUGUGACUCCUGGGAAGGAAUUGGUCAGACCCAAGCCUGGGGGACCAAAGCGGGAGCCCACCCCUCAGCAAACUGCAGCUGCGGGGAAGGGAGACAAGGCGGCCUCCUCAGGGAUGUCCACUCCUGAAGACAUGACAGAGGAGUUUAAGAAGCUGGAGCAGGAGGGGGGCCCAGGCUCACUGCCCCAGGAGGAAGCUGCUUCGGCAGGGGCCCAGGGGGCAGUGGUGCUGGGGAAUGCCCUGUCUGAGGAGGGUUUCACUGCUGUGGAGGUGGGGAGGGAGCUCGGGACUCGGUUAUGGAACAACGGCGCUGCUGAAAACGGCAAGGCGGCGGGAGAGCAAGAGACUGGCACGGAGCAAGCUGCGGGGGUUGGUGCCAGAGCACAGGGUGAUGAAGGUACGGUUACAAUCCAUCCUGUUAACGGUCUGAUCUGUGGUACUGACAACGACCAUGACUUUGAGCUGGAAAGUCCUGAUAAGUUCAGGUAUUUUGAUGACAAUUUGAGCCCCAGCAGGAACAUGGCUGCCCUGUCCCCUCUUGCAAAGACUCCCAGGAGUGAUCGUAGUGUUAAUUUUGACCUAACACCAACUGAGCUUGGGCUGGCAGGUGAGGUCAAAGGGCUGGUAUCCACCACCAAUCAGGACAAUGCGGAGGAGCAGUAUACCAGCUCUGAGGAGAAGACCCUGGAAAUGGUCUCCCCUCCUGGAUCCGGGCCCGCCAGCGCUGGCCACACCCCCUUCCACCAGUCGCCAACUGACGGCAUCCUCCCCAGAAGUGAAGACAGUUUAAUUGAGAGCGUUUCCGGCAUCCUGCAUGGGGAAAGCCAGUUGGCCAAUGCUUGCGAGAGACCGGCAGAUGGAUCCCCUCAGUCACACCCACAGCCACCAUUUGACAAUGCCGGUGCACCACUGGACAGGCACGCUGGCACCCUGAGCUUGAGCCCCUUCAAAGAAGUUGCCCCCGAUGUCUCGCCAACUCUGACGACCCCCUCGCUGCCAGCCGAGGUUGGCUCUCCUCACUCCACCGAAGUUGACGAGUCCCUGUCUGUCUCCUUUGAGCAGGUCCUGCCGCCCCUGACCGAAGCACCGAGCACUUCUCCUGAACAUGACGGUCUCCCAGGGAUGGGCGACCCUCAAGGCAUGAGCCUCCCCCUGAGGUCUUUGCAGGACGCCUUCCGGCCUCUGCUUUCCAGCCAAGGAGACUGCAGACCCCCUCACAACGGAGUGGACGGUCCCGGGCCGCAUGUGGCUGGGCUCCCCUCCGAAUCCCCUCACGAUGUCGACCUGUGCCUUGUGUCGCCUUGUGAAUUCAAGCACCCCAAGACUGAGAUCUCUCCGUCUUUUGUCAACCCUAGCCCCAGGGACACGUCAGAUGACAGUGACCUUUCCCAGGAAUGCGCAAAGCCCACAGGGCAGAGUGGGGACCGUGUGGCCCUCUCCGGCAGGAAGGUGGCACUGGACCAAACCACCCCAACCUCUGCCAGCGAGUCCCUCCUGUCCCACUCGGGCUCGGCAGUCCCUCCCGGUACCGAGGACUGCCCGUCAAUCACUGCAGAUGGUGGCAUGGACUCUGAGGACGAUUCCGAGUGUCUGUCGGUGGGCGGGUCUGCUCUGGGCCCUGCUUGCCCCCCAUUAUCUUCCAGGUCACAUGACCCUCCCCCCUCCCCAAUGAAGGACCCCCAACCGCCCCCGCCCCAGCCUGGCAUCUGCAUGGUAGACCCAGAGGUCCUGACGCAGACCUCUGCCAAAGGUGCGGUCGAGAAGUCAAAAGGGCGGAAGCCAGGGUCCAAGCCGGCUGUGGGCUCUCUGGGUCGCAGAGUUGAGAAUGCUAAACAGGCAACUUUGUCCAAACCAAAAGGUCCCCAGCCGACAUCCAAAGAGGUGGAAAAAUCGGCCACGGCCGGCAAGACUGAGCAGUCGGGGAAGGUUUCCAGGGUUAAUUCCAGCCAGUCCAUCAACUCGGAAGAAAAGAAAGGAAAGAAUUCCCAAGUACCAAGUUACAAAUCAUCUCAGAGCACCUCUCGCAGCACGAUGGCAGGUGCAGUGAGCAAGUGUCCCCCUGUGUACGUGGAUCUUGCCUACAUCCCUAACAGCUAUGCUGCCAGGACAAUCAACACCGAUUUCUUCAAGCGUCUGCGAUCGUCAGUCUACGUCAUAAGUGGAGAUGACCCUCAGAAAGAGGGUGCGAUGAGGAACAUUCUGGAUUCGCUCCUGGAAGGCAAAGCAGUGUGGGGCAAUAAUGUGCAGGUCACCAUAAUCCCGACCUUUGACUCUCCCAUCAUGCAUGAAUGGUACCAGGAGACGCACGAGAGGCAGCAGUCUUUGAACAUCACUGUGUUGGGCAGCAACAGUACAGUUGUCAUGCAAGAGGAGACAUUCCCAGCAUGCAAAGUUGAAUUCUGAUUGCUGGUGGCCACAGGGAGUGUAACUCCUUUGAGCACCCUUUUUCCAAGGACAAAAAGAGCCAGAGAUAGAGCCGGGCAGGUUUAUUUUAAACCCUAGCCUGCCCCAGGCAAUAUGUAGACCCUUUCUGAAGUGUUUGUUUCUAGUGAUGCGUCGGGUAAUGCACGUAACCAUGGAAGCUUUGUCCCAGUUCCUGUGAAACCUUUCUUCAGUUGCACAAUUGUAUCAGCUGGGAGCUUAGAGAUCACUAGAGCAGCAGUGAACUGGGUGAAGAGCCAAAACUAUGACCAUGGUGGGAGGGUAAGAGCCAAUUGGGACCAAAGGUUUGAGAUGGGACUGGCUAGCCACCAAAUAUUCUGACAGGGUGGCAGUUUCGUUUUUUAAAUGCUUUUGUCCCUAACAUAUAAAUAACUUGGGAAGAGACUAUUUGAACCAUUCUUGGUUACUGUGAAUGAAUAUUUUGCUGUGGUCUUAGUUGAGCUGACAUUCUUGGCUUUGAUUUGGAGGCCUGCUGUUAGUUGAACUCCACAGCUCUAUGUUACAAGAAGCAGCUAUUAUGUAGGAAGGAUGAAGACUCUGUUCUCCCCUUCCUCUUGAUUGACAGUCAUGGUUUAGAAUUAUUACAAAGGAAGCCUUUCCACUUUCAAAUACUUGCCCCCUUGGCCACAGUCCAACUUCUUGCUGCAGCAUCCAUGACCUGGUAGGGUUGGAUCUGCUCUCCGGUACUUUAGAGAUUGUGGGAGACUAAACUUCCGGUCUACAGUGGACAAACUGUCAUUGUCAGUGUGACAGCCCAAUAGCCGAGCUGGUCUUGAACUGGCCACAUUUCUGUGCCCAGGAAUAAUCUAACCAGGAGGUAAGUUGUUCCCAUUUCUGACUUUGUCCAAUGGUCAUAUUAUCAAUUUGACUUGGUCCAAAGCUGUGCAAAGUAAGAUCUGUAUAAUGUUCUGAUCUUGAUUCAAUUUCAUUUUUUCCAACAAAAUGUCCUUCAGUUGGGGAGGGUCCUGAUGUCUGGUUUAGCUAUUUAGUCAGUGAUCCUCCCAUGUCAUGACCUUUUCUAUUGGUUGGAUGUCAUGUGUUCUUGAAACAAAUGCCAAUUCAACCGAUAGGAUAGUAAAGGAAGUGCCUCUCAUUGGUUGGAGAAUCUUUGGCAAGUGCCAUUGGUCAAAGGUUAGUUCAAAUUGACGCUGUGGUAAUCUGGUUGUGUUGGGCAGCUUUUGAGUCUGGGUUUACACUUUGACUUUUAGAUUGAGAACCAAACGCUUAGUUUGUUACAACACUGCUUCUAGAAAAUUCUACCAAGUAAAACGAGGAACUCUGGUGCUGCUUGAUAUUAAAUAUAUACUGCAUGUUUGUUAGCUUGAGUAAGUUGAACAUUAUCAAUGAGGGUGAGUGAUGGGAGUUGCACAAAAAUUAACUGCACACUCCCAGGGGAAGGAACUGAGAGCGUAUUCCUGAUGAGGGCCUUGCAGGCUGCCAAACAAGUCUCAAUGUGGGCUGUAGGCCAUGAAUUAGAGGUAAAUACUAAUUGGUUGGGUCCUGAGUAAAAUUUACACCAAAUCCAAAUGCAUGAUUGCCUCCACGCCUUUCCUCUCAUGAGGAGCUAAUUAAUGCUAGUUGGUGAAAUGGCUUUUGUUAAUAUAAAUCUCCAUUCCGGCCUGCAUUAACAUUAAGCCUAGGGCUAUUAACAUUAAACAUUAGGAUAGUGAAGUCCUUGGAGAGAGUGAAGGAUCCCUACCGACCCUAAAGGAUUUUGUUUCCCAGGAGCUUUUGAAUUGGAGAACAAUGGAAUUGGGCAUGGCUGAAACUUUUGCUCAAACAGAUCUUGGUUGAGAAGUUUGUGUCUCUGAUCCCUGGAAGCCCUUUGUGGUAGCACAGUGAGCAUUAAUCAUGAACAGAACUGGCCGCACAAGGCCUUCAGCUCAGGUGACUUUGUCCACUGUUCCUGAAGACCUGUUUCUGCUCCAGUGAUGUUGGUUUGUCACAGGCAGAUAACAAUAUCCACCAAGGCCAAAUGGGAAUGUUUUGUAUCCGGAGGAAAAGGUGGUUCAGUUAAGUAGCUGAGGGAGAGAUGGAUGUGUUGUGGUUUAAUGGCAGGGAAUAGGGAAGGAUAAAGUGAGUUGUACUGAGAGAACCUUGUUACAAGUUUAUGGUGGUUUCUAGACUUGAACAAGCAUAAAGUUUAUGCCUCCAGCAUAAUGUGCAUCAGGGUCUAUUUGGGUCAAAUAGGCACCCUCAGAACUACAUAUGGGGUUCAGUGGUGUUUUGGAAUCAAGUACUACCCUCCCCUCCUUCCUCCCACUACCCAACCCCUCUAUCAUUGCUCCAGCCCUUAGAGGGACUUCCCUCAGUGUAUGGGAUAAUCUCAAGUUAAAGAUCUGGUAAUUGUUUACAUUAUGGGUUCGACAGAGCUCAAGUUGUGACUACCUUGUGCCCUGAUGCCAGCUCCUCAAGUCAGAUACGCUCCGGUGAGCCUCUUCUAAAAGCUCAUGACUAUCACUCUGUAAUUGAUGCCGCGAUUUCAAUCUAGUUAUUUAUUCUUGAAAUUAAUAUAUAAACCAGUUUACACUAUUUUGUAAUAGCUGCUUUGUGUCAGCAGGACUGUUGAUCUUUUGUGUAGAACCUUUCAAAUUUUUUUAGUAUUUUUAAUGUGAGUAAUCAGUAUUAAACACUAAUAGUUUAAGGCUAAAUGCAGGAUGCAGUUUGACUUGAUUUAUGCAUUUCAGUGGGACCCACAUUGUGUUCCCGGGACAUGUCUAUGUAAUUUCCCAUGCUAACUGCUGACUGACUAUGCCAUAUAUUGAGGAGAGAGUUGUGUUUCAGUAACGGCUGCUUGCAAAUACAGGGUGAGCAAUCGGCCAAGUUCAGAAAAGGUGACCUGGGUUGACCUAACCAAGAGAAGUUCUGUCCAACUAGAUACAUGUCAUCUGAUUGUUUUCACUGGUUACUCUGAGCCCAAGAUCUGAUGGAAGAUGUUGAAUUCUCACUGCCUCCCUCACAGCCCCAGGAGGGACGAUUGGCUGAUUUGAUUCCUCUCGCAGCUGGAAGCUGGGAGCCCAGACAGACUGUCGCUUUGCCUCUCUGCACUGCGCAUCGAUCAUUAUUCGUGUUUUGUGACGUGAUCCGGGUUCAGUGUGGGGAGCAGUUGGAUUCCACAUUUCACUUUAAUUGGAAAGAUGUUUGCAUGGAUUGGCUUGUGCAGGUGUGCAGGCUGCCGGCCCAUAUCACUUGCUUUUAAAAAUUGUUCUGUGUGCAUACACUGACAUGUCUCUUGGCACUACUUUACAAUUUCUGGCUUUAAGAUGAGAGUUGAAAAAUAAAAUAUUUCAAUAAAGGGACUAAUUUUCA